CUGAGCGGGGUCCGAGUCAAUGCUUCUACUUCGGUGUGCUAUUCGUUUCAUUCGUUCGUAACGUUCAGUCCGCAACGCGCCGUUAACUUGACAAGACGUGCUCGUGCUGUCUUUGGUAUUAGAAAUACGUUUGUUUAUUAGUAAUUAUUACUCAUACAUUACAUUGCAUUCCUUAGUCAAUUUUACUAUUAUUACUUAAUUAUAAUCACGUUUCUGUAGUGAAAUCAACUGCUUUAUAAGACUGAUAAACAAUAUUCAUGAACUGUGACUGUGUUUGAACCGUUUGGAACAUUAAUAAAACGGUAGGAUACAACAAGUGAGACAGGUCGAAAUGAGCGGAUUGGCCAUCAGAGUUAAAAGAGGAUCGAGGGGUAGUGCAACUCUUCUAGAAGCAGCCAACAGGAUUCUGCGAUUACUUGGUGUCAGUUCUACAAAGCGCGGGAAACAGCCCUCGCCCAAAACUAAGAGCAGCGGUAGAGGACCGAACGAAGUUCGGGCUCCAAUUGCUGCUGCGGAAUCCGUAGUGGAGUCGCCAGUGAAAAUGCAGGCAACCCCUGCCACUCCGGUAGCUGUACCUACGCCGACCGCUUCACCCGCACCCAGUCAAUCUCUGAAGAAUACAAAAAGAACAGCUAAUGACUAUGUAUUCUGCAAAUUAUUAGGAGAAGGAAUGUUUAGUUCAGUAUUUCUAGCUAAAGAUAUACACAGUGGAAAAGAAUACGCAAUAAAAGUAUGUGAAAAACGCCAUAUCAUUCGAAAAAAGAAAAGAGAAUAUAUAAAGCGAGAAAAAGACGCUUUAAACAUGUUGUUUAGUGUUCCACAUGGCUUUGUAAAGCUAUAUUGUACGUUCCAAGACGAGGACAGAUUGUAUUUUGUACUGUCGUAUGCCAAGAAUGGCGAACUCCUAAAUCAUAUUAAUAAAGUUGGCUCUUUCGAGCUAAACGUAGUAAAAUAUUAUGCUGCUGAGCUUUUAUUAGCAUUGGAAAAAAUGCACGCCAAGGGAAUAAUCCACCGUGAUUUAAAACCGGAAAAUAUUUUACUUGAUGAAAAUAUGCACUUACAAAUAGCUGAUUUCGGAACUGCCAAAAUUAUGGAUCCCGAGGAAAUAAAAUCUGGUGUCAGUAUUCAGGAGGAAGACGAAUCAAGAAAUGAACGUUCGAGAAAAAUAAGUUUUGUUGGGACUCCUCAAUAUGUUAGUCCCGAACUGUUACAUAAUUGCGUAGACACUCGUACAUCUGAUUUAUGGGCUUUUGGAUGUAUUAUAUAUCAAAUGGUAUCAGGACUACCUCCAUUCCGCGCUGCCACCGAGUUCCUUAUCUUCCAAAAAAUCCUAAAAAUGGAGUAUGAAUUCCCUGAAGGAUUUCCCGCUAGUGCAAAAGAUUUAGUUGAAAAACUGUUGGUUUUAGACCAUAGUAAAAGAAUUGGCGCAGAUGAUCAAGGCGAAACAUAUGAAAGCAUUCGAAAACAUCCAUUUUUUGCGGGAAUCGACUGGGACAAUAUAUGUGAACAAACUCCACCAACGAUUAGCCCAUAUUUGCCUGGCGUUUCAUUUGAAGAGGAUUAUAAUGUUCCUGAUGACUUGGAACCGGGAUUUGAUGCUGCUAAAUUUUCGCGACUUUUGCAGUUAGAACUGUCAUCAUCAAAAGGAAUUUUGGAUAUUAGUCCUGAGGAAAAGCGACGUCGACUUGAGAUACAAGCUCGCGAAAAUAAAUGGCACCAAUUUGUCGACGGAGAAUUGAUUUUGAAACAAGGAGAAGUAGACAAAAGGAAGGGUCUAUUUCCACGGAGACGCAUGUUAUUGCUGACGACAGGACCUCGCCUCUUUUAUGUUGAUCCCAUCAAUAUGGUGCUCAAAGGAGAAAUACCAUGGUCAUCUGAACUACGCGUUGAAACGAGGACAUUUAGAAUAUUUUUAGUGCACACACCUAAUCGUACCUACUAUCUAGAAGAACCAGCACACGAGGCGUUAAAUUGGAAACGUGUCAUUGAUGAGGUGCGCAUUGGCACGUAUGGACGGGACACGACUUAAGGCGGCGACAUGGCCGCUGCCCCGAGUCGCGACCGCGCCGCCGCCGCGGCCCCCCGGGAGCCCUGUGCCCCCAUCCGCAAACCCCGCCCUAGCAUGGCGUGUGCAUACUUCUAGGAUACUUGUAGCCUUCAUGUUGAGCACUGAAACCAUCGGCCAGCUUUUGCGAUAAAUGACUCGUGCUCAGAAUAUUGGCAUCCUUUAAGUUCUGCACCGGCCGGCCCGCGCGGGAUCGGCUGUGUUCUGCCAGUCUGCCGCACUUCUCUGUAGGACGAUCCGAGAGUCGCGGGCGGCGCCACAUAUGUUCCAAAGCGCAUUGAGAGACGUCCGCGCCCGACGCUUCCUGCACCGGAGGAUGAGCUACAAGACGACACCGCUACCAAUCGAUCGCUGUUGAUAUACUGAAUGACUGAUUCCUAUUAAUAGUAUGUCCCGAAUAUCGUAAAUUAUUGUUCUAAUUUAAGUUUCUUAUUUAAAUAUAGAUAUCGGUAUGUAAAUAUUUGUCUUAAAUUAUUAUUGCAAUUGCUUAGAUAUAGUAUAAUAUGUAAUCAUGGUCCGUUGUAAUUUAUACGGACCUUUGUAAGAAUGGAUUUGUUAUUCACCACCCGCGUGUUCACAAAGCCCAUUCCAGUUGGUAACUAGGCAAUUUAUAGCUAAAUUAAAUUUUAUUUAUUUUAAUUUUAAUGAUUUGCCAACGGAAUGUGACUGCUGUACAGAGUUAUAACAGUAGGAAAUUAUGAUUGGUAUGUUUCCAUAUAUUACGUUGCCAAUAUGGUGCCUACAAUUAUAACGAUUAAAUUAAAGAAAUUAUGUAGUAUAAUGGAUCGUUUAAAGGCCCAGUCAAUAUUAGAAAAAAUGACUGUGUACGUAUAAAUGGAAACAUCCUGAAUGCAAGAAGGAUAGCUUCUUUGUAAAGAGUCCGAGGGGAAUGCGGAAGGAGACAUGAAACAUGUCCUGCCGCGCCGCAUUCCCCUCUUGAUUGCGCACUCUCCGAGCGCGUAGUCGUGUCUCGUAAAGGGCCCUACCACGCUUCUAACGUGUGACGUAUGCGUGCACUAUAAUCUUGAACUUAGCAAAGGUAUACGGAUAACGCCACCAGAGGUGACUAUUACUACGCUAUCGGAAUGCUUGAUAAAUUAUCCAAAUUACAUUUUAUAUGUUAAUUGAGAUAUUGGUAUUGCUUGUCGAUAGUAAUACAAAUUUGUGUUUGUUUAAAUGUUUUUAUUAUGAUAAACAGUUCUUUGCAAAGCCAUCUGAAAUAUUCAAUGUCAUGGCAUUUCAGGUCUUGGUGGUAUUCUAUUGACAUUUAAUGAUUUAUAUGAUUAUUAUAGCUUGUUUAUAAUAGUGUAUGUAUUAAAAUGCCUAAAACUUGCCUGGAAUAUAUAAAUCUAGGGCUUAUUGUAAAUUUGGAUUAAAUCCAUAGUUCAAUAAAACUCCCAUUAUUAGCAAAAGGUAGGAUAAAAAGUCAGCCAUUAGGACAGAAACUAUUCUUUUAGUGGUAUCAUGGUAUCAGUUAGUUUAGACAAAGACAUAAUAGCUAUCAAAAAUAUCAACCGCACCAUGACAUUGUUAUAAUAAUUCUGCAUUUAAAAUUUAAUAAACUGUUAACUAUUGUAACUAUUUUACAACAUUUGUAUCGCGUAAAUUCCAUGAAAUAACAAAAUAAGAAAUUGGAAAUAAAUUGAAGUUGAUUUUUUA